AUGGCCGAAUCGCAGCCCAGAGUCUACCCGGACUCCACCAACAAAUGGCCCACGCCAUUCAAAAACAUGCUCAGCUCCCAAACCUACCCCAAAUGGGAGCCCGUGGACACCGCCAAGCAAACCAAGCAGGUGUUCAAGUUCGGCUUUUUCUCCGUGGCUGGCGCCUACGCGUGGUUGUACCUUUGGAAGCGCACGACCUUCAAGCUCGAGCUUCCCAUGGUGGUCACGGGCUUUGCCACAGUGGCGGUAGCCGCCAGAGGCAUCACCGCCAACUUGCGGGAGAAAAACGACGGCUGGAACACAUUCUGGGCCGUGGCUGCAGGAAACGCCGCCGUGCUUACCGCGGGCUUCAAGCUGGUGCCGCUCAAGCACAAGCUCAUGACGGGUAUCAGCGGAGCGUGCGUGUCGGCUCUUGCCGAGCAGAUUAUGUGGGCGCAGUCGGCGUCGUCUGCUGGCCAGCACACUAGAUUUGCCGCGGCCAACACGGACGAGGAGUUGCCCAAGCAGGAGUUCUGGGACGUGUUGAAGAGAAGACCAAUGUCGCAGACCGUCGACGCCUUGGGGGUCGGCAGAGGCAUCUUCAAGCCAUGA